AUGUCGUCAUCGCAAGCUGUUCGCUCCUCGAAAUACUCCUACCGGGCCACAUCCACUGGACCCGGUGCGGAUGUUAAUAUCGAAACAUCAUACAUUACCGAUAUGAGCUCGCUCUCCCGCUUGGAGGACAAAAUUCGUUUGCUCCAAGAUGAUCUUGAAGUUGAACGUGAAUUGCGCCAAAGGAUCGAGCGUGAGAAAGCCGACCUUAGCGUUCAGGUCAUACAGAUGUCCGAGCGUCUAGAGGAAGCUGAGGGUGGUGCUGAACACCAAUUUGAAGCCAAUCGCAAGCGUGAUGCUGAGCUCUUGAAGCUGCGUAAAAUGCUUGAGGAUGUUCAUCUUGAGUCUGAGGAGACCUCAAUGCUUUUGAAGAAAAAGCACAACGAAAUUAUUACGGAUUUCCAGGAGCAAGUCGAAAUCCUAACGAAAAACAAGGCUAGAGCCGAAAAGGACAAGGCUAAAUUCCAGUCCGAAGUCUACGAGCUGCUCUCCCAAAUCGAAUCGUACAACAAGGAGAAGAUCGUGUCGGAGAAGCACAUCUCCAAAUUGGAGAUCUCUAUCAGCGAGCUGAAUGUGAAAAUUGAGGAGCUGAAUCGCACUGUUAUCGAUAUCACUUCGCACAAGUCUCGCCUCUCGCAGGAGAACAUUGAGCUGAUCAAGGACGUCCAAGAUCUCAAGAGUCAAUUAGACGUUGUCUCGUUUUCCAAGAGCCAAGUCAUCUCCCAGUUGGAGGAUGCUCGCCGCCGAUUGGAAGACGAGGACCGUCGUCGCUCCAUGCUCGAAUCUUCAUUGCAUCAGGUUGAGAUCGAAUUGGAUUCGACUCGCUCUCAACUCGAGGAAGAGUCCGAGGCACGCAUUGACUUGGAACGUCAGUUGGUCAAGGCCAAUGCUGAUGCCGCUUCAUGGCAAAACAAAUGGAAUGCCGAAGUGGCAGCCCGUGCCGAAGAGGUUGAAGAGAUUCGUCGCAAGUAUCAAGUGCGCAUCACCGAACUGGAAGAGCAUAUCGAAACUCUCAUCGUCAAGGUCAACAAUCUGGAAAAGAUGAAGACCCGCCUGGCCAGCGAAGUCGAAGUCCUGAUCAUCGAUCUGGAGAAAUCCAACAAUAGCUGCCGCGAACUGCAAAAGUCCGUCAACACACUGGAGAAACACAACGUCGAGCUGAAGAGCCGUCUGGAAGAGACUAUUCUGCUGUAUGAGACUAGCCAGCGCGAUCUGAAGAACAAACAUGCCGAUUUGGUGCGCACCAUGCACGAAAUGGACAAGGUUAAGGAUGCUAACGGUCAGCUGGCGCGUGAGAACAAGAAGCUGGGUGAUGAUCUGCAUGAGGCCAAGAGCGCCAUCAAUGAGCUGAACCGUCGUUUGCAUGAAAUGGAACUGGAGCUGCGUCGUUUGGAGAACGAGCGUGAGGAGCUCACCGCUGCCUACAAGGAAGCUGAGGCUGGUCGCAAGGCAGAGGAGCAGCGUGGACAGCGCUUGGCUGCCGACUUCAACCAAUACCGUCACGAUGCUGAGCGUCGUAUGCAUGAGAAGGACGAAGAAAUUGAGGCUAUUCGCAAGCAGACCAGCAUUGAGAUCGAGCAGCUGAAUGCCCGCGUCAUUGAGGCCGAGACCCGUCUGAAGACCGAGGUCACACGCAUCAAGAAGAAGCUGCAGAUCCAGAUCACCGAGCUGGAGAUGUCUUUGGAUGUGGCCAACAAGACCAACAUCGAUCUGCAGAAGGUCAUCAAGAAGCAAUCGCUCCAGUUGACCGAACUGCAGGCCCACUACGAGGAUGUGCAGCGUCAGUUGCAGGCUACCCUCGAUCAAUAUGGUGUGGCCCAGCGCCGUCUGGCCGGACUCAAUGGUGAGCUGGAUGAGAUGCGCUCGCAUCUGGACAGCGCCAACCGUGCCAAGCGCACUGUGGAAUUGCAGUACGAAGAGGCGCAGACACGCAUCAACGAGCUGACCACUGUCAAUGUCAACUUGGUGUCGCUGAAGUCCAAGCUGGAGCAGGAAUUGACUGUGGUUGCUUCUGACUACGAAGAAGUGUCCAAGGAGCUGCGCAUUAGCGACGAGCGCUACCAGAAGGUCAGUGUGGACCUCAAGCAUGUUGUGGAGCAGGUGCAUGAGGAACAAGAGCGCAUUGUUAAGCUGGAGACUAUCAAGAAGUCCCUGGAGGUUGAAGUAAAGAAUCUGUCCGUACGCCUGGAGGAAGUGGAGCUCAAUGCUGUUGCCGGCAGCAAGCGCAUCAUCAGCAAGCUGGAAGCACGCAUUCGCGAUCUGGAACUGGAGCUGGAGGAGGAGAAGCGUCGCCACGCCGAGACCAUCAAGAUCUUGCGCAAGAAGGAGCGCACCGUCAAGGAGGUCAUGGUUCAAUGCGAGGAAGACCAGAAGAACAUUAUUUUGCUGCAGGAUGCGCUGGACAAGACCACUGCCAAGAUCAACAUCUACAGACGCCAGCUAUCCGAGCAGGAAGGUUUCUCCCAGCAGAGCACCACCCGUGUGCGCCGCUUCCAACGCGAGCUGGAGGCCGCUGAGGACCGUGCCGAUGUUGCUGAAUCCAACUUGAAUAUUAUCCGCGCCAAGCACCGCACAUUCGUCACCACCUCCACCGUGCCCGGCUCUCAGGUCUACAUUCAGGAGACAACAAGAACGAUCACCGAAUAGAUCGCUUAACCUACACCCGCACACAUACACCAAACAACACCCACACUCACACACACACACACACCACAUACAUACACACACAUACA